CACUAGAGAGCAGCAAUACACCGACACACCGGAUGUUAGUCACCGUUAAACAGCACAGAGAAGAAGAAGAGGAGGCGGUGUGCUGGUUCUGGUUCUGUCUAAAACUCUUUGUUCACGAACCAUGCGGUAAAAGGUGAGGCGUUGCCAUGGCUACCCAGAGAGUUCUCCCUCAGAGCAAAGAGACUCUGCUGCAGAACUACAACAAGAGGCUGAAGGACGACAUCAAGUCCAUCCUGGACAACUUCACGGAGAUCAUCAAGACCGCCAAGAUAGAGGAUGAGACGCAGGUUUCCAGGGCAACCCAAGCGGAGCAGGACCACUAUGAGAUGCACGUGAGAGCAGCCAACAUUGUACGAGCUGGCGAGUCUCUGAUGAAGCUGGUGUCCGAUCUGAAGCAGUUCCUGAUCCUGAACGACUUCCCCUCCGUGAACGACGCCAUCAGCCUCCAGAACCAGCAGCUGCGCUCGCUGCAGGAGGAGUGCGACAAGAAGCUCACCUCGCUCCGCGACGAGAUCGCCAUCGACCUGUAUGAGCUAGAGGAAGAAUAUUACUCCUCCAGGUACAAGUAGGCUCAUACAUGCCAAACACCCCCACCCCUCCUCCACCCAUCCUGCCGCUCCAUGUACUGCCUCACCAUUUUACUAUUCACUGCUGAGCCCGAGGAAGGGUUUAAGUUCUGCCGAACAGCACCAUUCAUCCAUCCACACCAAUCAUUCUGUGAGGUUGUCGUGAUGGAGCUCAUCUCACUAAGUGUCUUUACAUUGUUACUUAAAGUGCCUUGACUUUUUUAAAUUGCUCUAUGACGUGUGUCCGGUUUAAACGGAGAGGCCUUCAGUGUUAAAGGUGAACGCAGCUGAAUAUUAGCAGUGUAAACUUCAACUACGACAAUUCAACAUGUUUUUUUGGUCAGACUCUCGUCAGAGUUUCCUGAUCUGCACAUGGGAGAAGAUGCACGCUUUAGAAGAAUGUUCAGUAACAAGGCCUUUACUCCCACUUCAUUUACAACUAAAAUAUUUUAAAGUAAUGAUAUUAAAAUACACUUAAAAGCUAUCAAUGGAUUUUUAUUGCAACACAAAGCUUUGUAGAGAAACUCCCUUUUUAGAAGAAUUGAAAUGAAACUUUAUGAGAAUAUAGAUUUUUUAUAAUCGUGUCACUCUUUAAAGAUUAUUUAUACGUAGUAUUUAAAUGACAAAUGUAAGGGUGAUGACCUGUGUGGUAGAUUUUAAGGAGUUUUCUGUUGAAGCGAUCAGGUCGAUUCCGUCCUCAAAGACCCGACGCGUGACUCAAGCUGUAACCAUACACGCCAUCACACGUGGUGCGCUUGUACAUGUGUACCAGUUUGUGCCAGUAGACCCAGAGUGAUUUUUAAGAAAUAAAGCCCGAGACAAAACACUGCA